AGGGUUUCUUCCUUUUCUCCGCUGAAUCUCUGCAUAUGCAUGCUCCGGUCGAUACGAGGCGCUAUUUUUUUUUGCUCAACCUUGUAUUCAGCUGUUGAGGUGAUUGUUUAUGUCAUCUAGAGCGUCUUUCUGCCGAUUUGAAACUUUUAAAAGAAACAAACUUUAAUGGAAAUGGCUGAGUUAAAUGGGUCCAUGCAGCUAGCAGGAAAGCGCAAGUCACCGCCGGAGACUACUCUCGGUGGUUCUGCAUCCGAGGCACCAAACAAGCAGUAUAGACCAUGGUUACAGCAAGUGUCUCCAGCAAGCAAUGGGAUUCUGCAUAUUCCUACUAAUAUGCUUUCUCAAAAGACACUACAUUCACUGAUGCAUGGCAAGAAAGUCACGCAAACAGAAUCCCCUCUCCAGAAAUCUGUAAAGCCUGUUGUAAGCAAGAAACAGCAAAUCCCACCGCAAAGGUCAGUGAAAGCGAUGGAUGAAGUAAAUGAGUCGGUAAGGUCUAAAAUGAGGGAGUCAUUAGCAUCUGCGUUGGCCUUGGUUCAGAAAGAUGACGAAUCUCCUAAAGGGAAAGAGAAUAUAGGGACUGCGGAAACUCCUGUGAUUACUCAGGAGAAUACUCAAAGUUUUCAGCCUGUCUCACCUGCUAGCAUCAGUGUCCCUAUUGGCGAAGGGACCAUGUCAGAAAUGCCCACCGGUGUCGAAAGUUCUGUGCAGAAGGACAGUGAGAUUCCUGUCGACAUCAGAAUGGAAGAUGUUAAUCAAUCUGAUGGACUUAAGUCUCAAUAUGACGAGGUUUUCCCUCGGGAUAAUGUUCCUUUUACUGAUAUUAUUUUUCCAAACGAUGAUCUUUUACAUGGUAAUGAACUCUCAUGGGUUCUGGAACAUGUUUCAGAUCUUGGCGAGACGAAGGAUUAUGGAACCGGUGGUGAAAAGUCAUUUCAGGAUCCAAAACUUUUGGCAUCUAAAAUUGAAAUGGAACUAUAUAAGCUAUUUGGAGGUGUGAACAAAAAGUACAGAGAGAGGGGAAGGUCCCUCUUAUUCAAUUUGAAGGAUAAGAACAAUCCUGAGCUAAGAGAAAGAGUUUUGUCAGAAGAAAUAUCUGCCGAGAGGUUGUGUUCUAUGACAGCCGAAGAAUUGGCUUCUAAGGAGCUUUCUCAGUGGCGUCAAGCCAAAGCUGAAGAGAUGGCAAAGAUGGUUGUCCUGCAGGAUACAGAUAUUGAUGUCAGACGUCUUGUGAGGAAAACACAUAAGGGUGAAUUCCAGGUUGAAAUUGAACCUAUUGACAGGGGUACGGUAGAUGUCUCUGGUGGCAUCAUGUCACGUAGUAAACGUCGACCCAAAGGCAAAUCUCAUUCUGUCAAAAUCACUCUCAAAGAUGAGGCAGCAAAAGCUGAUAGUGAAAACUCACGCUCAACUCCUCCCUCAACUGAAGAGAUUGAUCCCAUGCAAGGUUUGGGGAUCGAUGAUGAAUUGAAGGACGUGGAGUUUCUUCCUCCAAUUGUAUCACUGGAUGAAUUCAUGGAAUCUCUAGACUCAGAGCCUCCAUUUGAAAGUCCGCAUGGUAAUUCUGAAAUGCAGGUGUCUCCGUCUGAGAAAAGUGAUUCUGAAGCUGGGUCAGACUCAAAAUCUCCUAAGAAACCAAGUGAUAAAAGUUUGCCUGAACCAAAACCAGAAAAGAUUGAUGAAGUGUCCCCGAAGCUUGAUGACAACGUCAAAGUUGAUGACGAUGUCGCUAGACUUGAGAAAACAUCUGCACUUAGUGAUGAUAAGGGAGAAAGAGCAUGGGAUGGAAUACUGCAGCUGAGUAUGUCUUCCGUAGUCCCUGUCACUGGCAUUUUCAAAAGUGGUGAGAAAGCAGAGACGAGCGAGUGGCCGGCGAUGGUGGAAGUUAAGGGUAGAGUUAGGCUAAGUGGGUUUGGGAAGUUUAUUCAAGAGCUUCCUAAGUCUCGAACCCGUGCCCUAAUGGUAAUGUACUUGGCUUGUAAAGACGGCAUAUCUGAGAGCCAGCGUGGAAGCCUUAUUGAGGUUAUUGAUUCCUACGUUGCUGAUCAGAGAGUUGGCUACGCAGAGCCAGCCUCAGGAGUGGAGCUUUAUCUUUGCCCAACACGUGGCGAGACUCUGGAUUUGCUAAGCAAAGUCAUCUCUCAAGAACAGCUCGAUGAGGUCAAGUCUUUGGAUAUUGGAUUGGUAGGAGUUGUUGUGUGGAGACGAGCCGUCGUUCCCAAGCCCGGUUCCGGAUCUAGACGUCAGCAUUCUUCUUCUUCUUUUCUUGGUUCUAAAACCUCUGUUUUGCCUGUAAACAAGAAGCAGAGAAUGCAUGUCACAGAGAAACCUCUUGUUGUUGCAUCAAUGAGAAAUCAUCAUCAUGGUUAUGUGAAACAUGAUGCUGUUGCUGAUGAUGAUGAUGUGCCGCCUGGAUUUGGUCCUGUGGCUUCAAGAGAUGAUGAUGAUUUACCGGAAUUUAACUUCAAUUCCUCGGUUGUGCCAGUUUCUUCUCCUCAGCCAUUACCGGCUCAAUCCAAGUCUUUGGAUCAAGUAAGAAAGCUCAUACACAAGUAUGGAAAAUCUGCAAGCAUCAAUUAUGAUGACGACGACGACGACAUACCUGAAUGGCAGCCACACGUCCCUAGCCACCAGCUUCCACCACCGCCGCCUCCACCUCCCGCUGGCUUCAGACCCGAGAUAUUUAGACCGCCUCAAGAUGGUUGGUGGGAUAAUCAAAAUGGAGGAUCAGGGCAACACUAUGAGCGGAACCAGUCAAGAAACAGAGGAUUUUAAUAUCUCUGUUGAUAGUGUUCUCUGUAAUUGUAGUUUUUUGGUUUCCUAGUCUCUCUUUAGCUUUUCAUUUUCGAAAACUUUCUUACCUUUGAUUUGUAGCCAUCGUAGAAUCCAAAGCUCGAAGAGUCCCAACUUUUCAAAUAAAACAUUUCAGAGUUU